UGCAGAGGUCGAACUGCCUUAUGGUAAACAUACCUUUAAUUUCAUGUGUGCUCUUCCUGCACUUCUGCCUUGCAGUUACGAAGGCGGAACUGGGUUUGUACGUUACACUAUCAAAGUGACAUUAGAUCGACCAUGGAAAUUUGAUCAGACUUCUAAGGCAGCUUUCACUGUUAUAUCAGCAUUGGACCUGAAUAUGGAUCCCAGAUAUAGGUUGCCGGUGAUGAUGGAAUCAAGUAAAACUUUUUGGUGCGGUUGCACCUCAGGACCAUUAUUUGUCAGCGUGCAAUUGCCACAGUCGGGUUAUGCACCAGGACAAGAAAUACCUGUCGCAUGCAACAUCUCAAACGACAGCAGGGUGAAUGUGGAAUUCGUUCAGAUUAAAAUUACAAAAAUCGCUAAGUUUCAUAGCAGACAUCCACACAAAAUUAAGCAAAAAUCAUCAGAUUUAGUGACUGUAACAGCGGAAGGAGUUCCUAAAUUCAAUAAAAUAUCAAUCACAAAAAAUAUUCAAGUCCCAGUAAUUCCUCCAUCGUUAUUACAGAACUGCAGUAUUAUAGAUAUCGACUAUGUAAUUAAGGUGACAGCAAGUAUUGGAGGCUGCCACAGAUCUUUGCGCAUUUCAUUGCCCCUCACGAUUGGCACAGUACCAAUAAUAGAUCGAUACGAACAAUCAAAUAUAGGAUUUACAUCAAUUGCGCCAUCAGCACCGCCUAUAACAACGCAACCUGGUUCAAGUGCCCAGUAUGAUGAUUUACCUCCUUCAUAUGAACAAUGCUUGUUUGGCACCCAGAGUAUACAGGACAAUAAUGAUUCCCAACAUACAUUGGGAUUUCAAAAUUUUGCACCCUCAUAUCCAGUGUAUAAUGCAAAAAGUUGAUGCAUGGUCAAAUAAUCUAAGUUAAGUUUG